AUGGCCUGUCAGCGGCACUCCUUCGAUCUGUUCCUGCGUGCCUCACACGAGUCACACCACUCACAUUGCUCUUGGCUCAAGCUCCCGCUAGUCCUCGCCUUCCCGUGCCGAACCGAGCAUCGUGACUCGACUUGCAGCUGUUUACCGUUUGACUGCAACCGCACCCUGUUGAACAUGACUCUCCCGCCUAAACACACAAGCCUCCCUAUUCUUAAGGAGCUGCACAGACUCUUCCAUGCGUUGGAUCGAGCCGUGGCAAAGUCCAAGUUUGGAAGAUUUUUCAGACUUUCCAGCAGCGACCACCCCGAUAGAAUUGAAAAUGCAACAUUUUGUCGAGAAGUGCGAGCUGGGCUGACCACGUUUGCUGCCAUGGCUUACAUUAUUUCUGUCAAUGCGUCCUUACUUUCUCAAACGGGCGGUCCUUGCAUAUGCGAUUCACCUGUCAAAGAUGCAUGCGAUAGCAUUCCAGAGUUCAAGUCAUGCAAGGAAGCUGUUCGUCGAGAUUUGAUCACAGCCACUGCCGCAGUCUCAGGCAUGGCUUCUUUCGUAUUCGGUUUGACAACUAAUCUCCCUAUAGCUCUUGCGCCGGGCAUGGGUCUCAACGCUUAUUUUGCAUUUCAGGUUGUGGGUGUCAACGGUAAUGGGAAGAUUACCUAUCAGACUGCCCUCACGGCAGUUUUCGUGGAGGGUAUCAUUUUCAUUGUUCUGGCUCUGACCGGCAUGAGACAGUGGCUUGUCAAGCUCAUUCCGUCCACCUUGAAAACUGCUACAGGGGUCGGCAUCGGUCUUCUCUUGACAGAAAUCGGCCUAUCCUAUUCGGCAGGCAUCGGAGCCAUAACCGGGGGCGGCAACGCAACUCCUCUUGCUCUGGGAGGAUGUCCCGCGGAACUCAUCAGCCCGGCCACAGGACUGUGCGAAUCUGGUCAAAUGACUAACCCAAAGAUGUGGCUUGCCAUCUUUUGCGGCGGCAUCAUGACCGCUUUUCUCAUGGCUUAUCGUGUCAAAUAUUCUCUCGUGAUCGGAAUCGCCUUGGUGUCAGUUAUUUCAUGGCCGCGCGGAACAACCGUCACGUACUUUCCAAACACGGAAGAAGGCGAUUCCCGCUUUGAUUUCUUCAAGCAGAUUGUCGCCUGGAAUCCCAUACACAGCACGGUCAAUCAAAUCGACUGGACGUUCCGCAACAGCGGGUCACAAUUUCUCCUCGCCCUGUUCACAUUCCUCUACGUAGACAUCAUUGAUGCUACUGCAACCAUGUACUCCAUGGCCCGGUUUUGCGGAGUGGUGAAUCCCAACGACGGCGACUUUCCCCGAUCCACGGUGGCUUAUUGCACCGAUGCCUUCUUCAUAUCCGUCGGCGCCUUGUUUGGGUCUUCCCCGGUGACGGCGUUCAUCGAAAGCGGCGCAGGUAUAGCGGAAGGCGGCAGAACGGGACUAACAGCAAUAGUCACCGGAAUGUGUUUCCUGGUGUCCAUCUUCUUUGCCCCGAUAUUCGCGUCCCUCCCACCGUGGGCAACGGGCUGCACACUCAUCAUGGUGGGCUGCAUGAUGACUCGUCAAAUCACACAAGUCAACUGGUACUAUAUCGGCGACGUUCUGCCGUCCUUUGUGGUCAUGGCGUUCAUUCCGUUUAGUUAUAGCGUCGCAUACGGCCUAAUUGCGGGUAUACUUGUCUACACCGUACUGAAUGGGCUGAUUGGUCUUGUUCUGUUUGUAAGUGGCGGCCGCAUUGAACCGCGUGAAUACGAUUUGAAGGAAUACUGGACUUGGAAGGGAAAGGGCCGCCUCCCGUGGUUUGUCAGGGCGGUCCAGUCCCGCAAGCGAGAGGCAGGUGAAGUCGAUGGCGCCAUCGUACACCACCACGACGGCGGCGACGGCAAUUGUGAUGAUUCGACGAUCCUGGCACGCGUCAAGACGGCUUCGAAUGACUAUUCAACCACAUCUGGGUAA